UUGACAUUUUCAUCCAAAAUCGUUUACUUCGUGAAAAAUCUAGACACAAACGCUGCUUAUAAUAUAUUAAAUUAGUUUUAAUAAAUAAAAACAAAAUAAGGCAAACAUGCCUAAAUAUUAUUGCGAUUACUGUGACACCUAUUUAACACACGAUUCUCCUUCGGUGCGUAAAACCCACUGUACGGGCCGCAAACAUCGUGAUAAUGUUAAAUUUUACUAUCAAAAAUGGAUGGAGGAACAAGCACAACAUUUAAUUGACGCCACUACUGCUGCUUUCAAGGCAGGAAAGAUUACACAAAAUCCAUUUGCCGGUGGACCACCUAAACCAGGUGGUGUGGCGAUACCACCGCCACCAAAUAUGGCAGUACCCCCUCGACCGGGUAUGAUGCCGCCCGGUAUGCCAGGAGGUCCGGGCAUGCCACCAAUGAUGAUGGGACCUCAUGGAGCUAUACCACCACCUAUGAUGGGUAUGCGUCCUCCACCUAUGAUGGGUCCUAUGGGUAUGAUGGGACCACCACCACCGCUAGGUACUUUAGCCGGGGUACGACCACCAAUAAUGAAUGGACCGCCACCAAAAUAACAGGAGGUUAAUACCGGAAUCGGAGGAGCUCACAACGCCGGAAAGACUUGAUAAGGAUGAUGCGCAUAAUUGAAUAUUGUCGUCUCGUUUCUGUCUGUCUUAAGUAAUUUUAACUUAGGUUCGAAUUAAGUUUAGUAUUUACAUUUUCUAAUACUUACUUUGUAAAUGAGUUCAAAAAUAUGCAGUUUUAAUGAGAACUAUCUAUAAAAUAAACAUUUUGACUUGUAUUUACAAACGUAAAAA